AUGUUCGUUCUGACGCUUUCUCGCUCACGCUGUCGCCCUGGCAACCUAGUGUUGCAUAAGUCAUUCGAGUACCUUUACUACGUCUUCGCCUUGACUGGGCGUCGCACAGGUAAUUGGUUCUCUGUUUUGCAGCUCUACUCUCGGUCAAGGUGGAAGCAUAGCAGUUCUGAGAAGUUGGCUUUCGAGAUUCCUCCUCACUUAAUAACGCAAGAACAAUGUCCGCUUGAGGCUUGCUUUCUGGAGGAAAUUCCGACUCGUCGAAUAAACAUUCAAUUGACUCGCGUUUACUUCACCUUUUGA